AUGGCCAGCGGUAGGCCUCCAGGAGCCCAUCCAGCCGCUGGCCGCGAUGAGGAUUUGCUGCAGCUGGAGGAGUCGACUCCGAUGUAUAGUACGGGCCAGCCCCCGCCGGUGAACGAUGACCAUCUUUUGCGACAGUUCAACAUCGACGACUCCGACCAGCCGCAUCCCCCUCAACCCCGACCCUCCGUAUCUUACGAUCAGUUCGUCGGCGGCCAGGCGUCGCAUACAGGAGCCCAUGCAGCCCCCGCGCACCCUCCCGUUCAUUCCGCAGGGCAUCUCAAUGAUCCUUACUCCGGUGCCGAUAUGUCCCGGACCUAUUCGCAGACUUCGGGGUUGAGCAAUUACCAUCGUUAUUCCCUCGACGACUACGAAGAUGACCGGUCAAUCCAUGGUGGCUACUACAACAUGGCUGGGGAUGAUGAGCAUGGCCCGUCCGCGGAACAUCUUCGCAAGGCCCAGGAAAGGAACAGUAUUAUGGGCUUGGGUGGUGGAUUCAUGGGGAGAGCAAAGCACAUGCUGGGGAUGAGGGCCGAGUACUCGGAGAUGGACCUCCCGCUGACAGAGGCCGGAGCGAGAAACGCACGAGUGGACAGCGCUGAAGACGAUACGACCGCGCCCAAGCAGGGGAAUAAACCUAAGAAGUCGGGCUUCAGUUUUGGACGGCGGAAGGUCGAUCCCUCGACCCUCGGGCCUCGUAUGAUUGUGCUCAACAACCCACCCGCGAACGCAGUGAACAAGUUUGUGGACAACCAUGUCUCCACGGCCAAAUACAACAUCAUCACCUUUAUUCCGAAGUUCCUGUUUGAGCAAUUCUCGAAAUACGCCAACCUGUUUUUCUUAUUUACCGCGGUCCUCCAACAAAUUCCCAAUGUCUCCCCGACAAAUCGAUAUACUACAAUUGCUCCGUUGUUAAUUGUGCUGCUAGUCUCAGCCCUCAAGGAACUGGUGGAGGAUUACAAACGAAGAUCAUCGGACAAGUCGCUCAACUAUUCCAAAACCCAGGUCCUCAAGGGAUCCGCGUUCCAGGAAACAAAAUGGGUCGAUGUAUCAGUAGGAGACAUUGUUCGGGUCGAAUCUGAGCAACCAUUCCCGGCCGACUUGGUCAUGUUGGCUACUUCGGAGCCGGAGGGUUUGUGUUAUAUCGAAACUGCCAACUUGGAUGGUGAGACCAACUUGAAAAUCAAGCAAGCAAUCCCGGAAACGGCACAUCUCGUCAACCCUAGUGAUCUCAGUCGGUUGAGUGGGCGGAUUCGAUCCGAGCAGCCCAACAGCAGUCUGUAUACCUACGAGGCCACCUUGACUAUGCAUGCCGGUGGAGGGGAGAAAGAACUUCCACUAGCACCCGAUCAACUCUUGCUUCGAGGAGCUACCCUUCGGAAUACACCAUGGGUUCAUGGCAUUGUGGUCUUCACCGGACAUGAAACCAAGCUGAUGCGAAAUGCCACGGCAACCCCUAUCAAAAGAACAGCUGUUGAACGCAUGGUGAACAUUCAGAUUCUGAUGUUGGUCAGCAUUCUUGUAGCUCUCAGUGUCAUCAGUUCCGUUGGUGAUCUGAUCGUUCGGCAAACUCAGUCCAGCAAAUUGGCAUACCUCGACUACGGUUCCGUCAACCCGGUCAAGCAAUUUGUUCUCGACAUUUUUACUUACUGGGUUCUGUAUUCCAAUCUUGUCCCUAUCUCCCUUUUCGUCACCAUUGAAAUUGUCAAAUAUGCCCAAGCAUUUCUUAUCAACUCUGACCUGGAUAUCUACUACGACAAGACGGAUACGCCUGCAACUUGUCGGACUUCCUCUCUAGUGGAGGAGCUGGGUCAGAUUGAGUACAUUUUCUCUGAUAAAACCGGAACUUUGACAUGUAACAUGAUGGAGUUCAAACAAUGCACAAUAGGUGGCAUUCAAUACGGUGAUGACAUCCCGGAAGAUCGGCGAGCCACUGUGGAGGAUGGUGUCGAAGUCGGCGUUCACGACUUCAAGAAACUCAAGGAAAACAUGUCCUCUCAUCCAACCCAGAACGUUAUCCACCAUUUCCUUACCCUCCUGGCCACUUGUCACACAGUCAUCCCCGAGCGACCUGACGAUAACCCCGACAAUAUCAAAUACCAAGCAGCAUCACCUGACGAAGGUGCUCUGGUUGAGGGUGCCGCCACUUUAGGCUAUCGUUUCACCAAUCGAAAACCCAGGUCUGUGCUUUUCACUGUAGCCGGGCAAGAGAUUGAAUACGAAUUGUUGGCAGUGUGUGAAUUCAAUUCAACGAGAAAACGAAUGUCGACUAUCUUCAGGUGUCCAGAUGGGAAGAUCCGAAUUUAUACCAAAGGAGCAGACACUGUCAUCCUCGAACGCUUAAAUGACGACAACCCAACUGUGGAAGCGACGCUGCAGCACCUAGAGGAGUAUGCUUCAGAUGGUCUUCGAACCCUGUGCUUGGCAAUGCGGGAGGUUCCUGAGGACGAGUUCCAGCAAUGGCUUCAGAUUUAUGAGAAGGCUUCUACCACGGUCGGCGGAAACCGAGCCGAAGAGGUGGACAAGGCUUCAGAACUUAUUGAAAAGGACUUUUAUCUGCUGGGAGCCACCGCCAUUGAGGAUAAACUGCAGGACGGUGUCCCCGAUACCAUCCACACGCUCCAAACAGCGGGAAUAAAGAUAUGGGUCUUGACGGGUGACCGACAAGAGACAGCUAUUAACAUUGGAAUGUCUUGCAAGCUCAUCUCGGAAGACAUGACUUUGUUGAUCGUGAACGAGGAUAAUGCUGAAGAAACCCGUGACAAUUUGACCAAGAAGCUUCAGGCCGUUCAGACUCAGGGAACCUCUGGGGAAAUCGAAAGUCUUGCGCUUAUAAUUGACGGUAGAUCCUUGACGUUUGCUCUUGAGAAGGAUAUGGAGAAACUAUUUUUGGAUUUGGCAGUCAUGUGUAAGGCUGUCGUUUGCUGUCGUGUCUCUCCCCUUCAAAAGGCUCUCGUCGUUAAGCUUGUCAAGCGUCACCUCAAAUCUUUGCUUCUGGCUAUUGGUGAUGGUGCCAACGAUGUUUCCAUGAUCCAGGCGGCCCACGUAGGUGUCGGUAUUAGUGGUGUUGAAGGUCUUCAGGCAGCCCGGUCUGCUGAUGUGGCAAUUGGUCAAUUCCGCUAUCUUCGAAAACUGCUCCUUGUCCAUGGUGCCUGGAGUUACCAUCGGAUAAGUCGCGUUAUCUUAUAUUCGUUCUAUAAGAAUAUUGCUCUUUAUAUGACACAGUUCUGGUAUUCUUUCCAAAAUGCGUUCUCUGGUGAAGUUAUCUACGAGUCAUGGACCCUUUCCCUUUACAACGUUUUCUUUACUGUUCUUCCACCCUUCGCCAUGGGUAUUUGCGACCAAUUCAUUUCUGCUCGGCUUUUGGACCGGUAUCCUCAGCUUUAUCAACUUGGACAGAAGGGGCUGUUCUUCAAGAGGCACAGCUUUUGGUCGUGGGUUGCGAACGGCUUCUAUCACUCCCUGCUACUCUAUAUCGUGUCAGAAUUGAUCUUCCUUUGGGAUCUUCCACAGGGAGAUGGCAAAGUGGCUGGCCACUGGGUUUGGGGAUCAGCGCUUUACACCUCAGUACUAGCUACUGUGCUUGGAAAAGCCGCGCUGAUCACUAAUGUCUGGACCAAGUACACGUUCAUUGCCAUCCCUGGCUCGAUGAUCAUUUGGCUCGCCUUCCUGCCAGCAUAUGGUUAUGCGGCACCGGCGAUCGGUUUCUCUACGGAAUACUACGGCACCAUCCCCCGUCUUUUCCAAUCACCUAUCUUUUACCUUAUGGCCGUGGUCCUUCCUUGCCUCUGUCUCAUCCGAGACUAUGCCUGGAAGUACGCCAAGCGCAUGUACUACCCGCAACAUUACCACCACGUCCAGGAGAUCCAAAAGUACAACGUCCAAGACUACCGACCACGCAUGGAACAAUUCCAAAAGGCGAUUCGGAAAGUUCGCCAGGUACAGCGCAUGCGCAAGCAGCGCGGUUACGCCUUCAGUCAAGCAGACGAAGGAGGCCAACAGAUGAGAGUCGUCAAUGCUUAUGAUACCACGAGAGGGCGCGGAAGAUACGGAGAAAUGUCCAGUUCAAGGAAUCUGGUGUAG